CUGCAAGGACUGGACGAAAAAGAUGCGCGGAUACAUGAAUCUUGCGCAAUGCAGCGAAACAGUAUGGCCACUAGUAGAGAAAUUCUUCGACAUGUACAAGAAGGGGCUAUUGCAGCGAGUCAACGGUGUGAGAUACAUCGACCUUUCGAGGAAAGUGGAAGGGAGGUUGCCUGGGCAUACUUCCUCAAGGACAACUCCGACAAAAAAGUCAUGUUCCACUGCAUCAAGGCCAGGAAGGGGCCAUCAGGCGCAAUGGUGUCUAUACCUGACUUGACGCCGACAAUCUUCAAGCUGUUCGGCGAUAUGACAACGAGAGAGAAGCAAGUGGCGCUUCACCACAUGAUGCGUGGUGAUGUCAUCGUGACAUCACGUUCGAUACCUCGUGGUAGAUGCAACAUGGCGGACCUGGUUAAAUAUACUCGGCGUGAAAGAUAUAUGGUCCGUAUGGUCAACUACAUAUUGUUCAAGGCAGAGGGGAGGUCAAAAGAAGAGUGGAGCACUGACUUUUUCAUCGGUUAUACGACCAUCUUGAACAAAAACGGUCUGACGGACGAGAAAUGGACCGAGGAACGCGACCGCAUCCCUGACGACAAGGCAAGGAAGGUGCCGAGGCGUUUGGGCGGUCCUGAUGAGAUUAAUGGUGAGAACGGUGCGGGACUCGAGGCAACCCAAGGCAUGUACAAGGAAACCCUGUUCCACCUCAAGUGUUUCAUCUACGAGGCAAUUGACUGCUUGGACAACCUGAGAGCGGAGGUUAAUCGGAUAUCCUCCAGUGCUUGUCACAUCUUUUGGGAAGUGGGGAAGAGGAUUACCACGAUCCUGCCAUUUGAAAUCGAACCGAAGGGAGUGCUCACGGACAACGAGGAGGUUGUUGGUACGGCGAGGGGGAUGAAGAUACGGGCAACCAUUCUUGAUAUGUCAACAUCACYGAAAUGUGUUYYGUGGGAUGAUGACGCCUUUUYCAAACUGUACGCUUUCCUCAUGACAUGCUGUGGCGAAAACUGGGCCUUGAUCAUUUUCGUGCCGAUGAAACACCAGAAACAGGUGAUGCAGAGUGUGUACAACUGGGAUGAUGUUGAGGUGCUCACAGGGUCAUGGUACAGACACUAUACACCUUCGACAACCUUGAACAAGUACGACAACAUUGCAGUUCGGUACACUGACAUGAUGGCUAUUGUCCUCCACGCCAAUAACGACAAUUUGGACAAUAUAACGGUUGCGCCGAAAUUGCGAGCCGAGUUGACAAAUUUGAACGUUGAAGAGGGUGAAUUUGUGAGGGACUAUGCGGACUUGGCACGUAAAGUAGGGAACUUCAACAACAUCGAUUGUGACGAAGACACGUCAGACUCCGACCUGGACGUUCCGUCGCGUGCGACACGACGUUCGGCGCAGGGAGCACUUGUCGAGGAGCCGCAAGGAAGCACCAACGCAGAUGCGGAGAAGGCGAGGUCGAGUUUGGGAGCGACACAUGCUAGUGAGGGAGACGUGGAACAUAGAAUGAAUGCAAGGGGAGAAAAGAAUGGUGUACCAACGAACCCGGUGGGUGCGAGUGAGGGAAUUGUUAACUCACGGGACAACACAGGGGGAGGAGAGAAUGGGUGUGAAAUGACCCCGCCGACAGCUGGACCAUCAUCGACACAUGCACCGCAGGCCGAGCAGCGAACGCUCACGUCGAUGGACAUAGAUGAAGAUGACAGCUGUCAUGCCGAAGCUCUGCCAUACUUGCUGCAAGACAAGUACAAGGAGUCAUCGAAGGAGGACUGGGGUCAUCAUAUUCUCUGGCAUGAGGGCGUGUUCGAACCGUGCAUGUUUGCAGGCAAGUGGCAAAUGGCUGUGAAGACAAAAUACCGCAGGUGGGUCGCGAAGGAAAGAAAGGACGCUGCGAUAUGGCACAACAUGACGGAGACGCAACAUUUUUGGCGGGUUGCACAAGAAAAUGUCGGUGCAACUGAGGUGGCUGUAGCGGCAAAGGCGAAAACUUUGUUUGAGCAUCUGCGUGCGAACAAACAACUAAAAUUCAGCACAAAGUUCUACGACCUUGCAUCAAGUGUGUCGUACGGUUCCAUCGAUUGGAAAAUCAAACAAGCGUCAGCAGUGCAAGGAAUCGAUAGCAUCACCUCUCUGAAGACUCAAGACGUCAUCGCGUCUAACCCCAUCGUUGCGAUGGCCAGAGGGGAUGCAGGUUGCGAAACGGACACACGUGCGAACGCAGGUCACAUACAUAAUGAACAGUUGCGAGCAUGUAAUCAACAAAGCACACAGAGAAGCGCAAUAGGGGAUUCCACUAUGAUACGCAAGGAUAGCAACGACAUGGAGUUGGGCACAUUGACAGAGCCACCAACGCGCGGGGUUAACGAUAGGGCAACAAUCGUUGGAUCUUUCGGGUCUCUUGUCGCGACAAUGGCGGCGAGACAAGGCGUAUCUGAAAUGAUGGAGACCGAUGCGGACCAGGAUGUUGAAAGCCAAACCGUGAAGGUGGCGCCAGAGAAGGUGGCGGCAACAACAGAGGAGACGAAGAAAGGUGAGGGAUCUUGCGAACACAUUUCCAUAAUAGAUAUGAGAUCGGAGAGUACGAGCGAGGAUAUGAUCCAAGAUAACGACAUGAAAGAUGACCACGCUGCACCACGAGUGGAAGGUGACGACGAAGAGGACGCGCAACGACCAAGACGGUCAACGAGAGUAGUAAUUAAGAAAACUGUGUUUGAUGCAUAGGAAAACCUUAGACGGGCAUGGGAGUUUACAUGUUUCAGGUUAUAUUGAUGUGGCGCCACAAAUCAUGAUGCGAUAUUCACCCGA